GCCCAGGUCAACCCAGCGGUGUGCCGGUACCCCUUGGGAAUGUCGGGCGGGCACAUCCCCGAUGAGGACAUCUCAGCCUCCAGCCAGUGGUCCGACAGCCAGUGGUCCGAGUCUACAGCCGCCAAGUACGGACGGCUGGACUCGGAGGAUGGCGAUGGCGCCUGGUGCCCCGAGAUCCCGGUGGAGCCCGACGACCUCAAGGAGUUCCUGCAGAUCGACCUGCGCGGCCUUCACUUCAUCACGCUAGUGGGCACCCAAGGACGUCACGCCGGGGGCCAUGGCAACGAGUUUGCCCCCAUGUAUAAGAUCAACUACAGCCGGGAUGGCACCCGCUGGAUCUCCUGGAGGAACCGGCACGGGAGGCAGGUGCUGGAUGGAAACACCAACCCCUACGACAUCGUCCUCAAGGAUCUAGAGCCUCCCCUCAUCGCCCGCUUCAUCCGCUUCAUCCCUGUCACUGACCACUCCAUGAACGUCUGCCUGCGCGUGGAGCUGUACGGCUGCGUCUGGCUGGACGGGCUGGUGUCCUACAACGCGCCGGCCGGGCAGCAGCUGGUCCUUCCCGGGGGCACCGUCAUCUACCUGAACGACUCAGUGUACGACGGGGCGUUCGGGUACAGCAUGACGGAAGGCCUGGGCCAGCUGACGGACGGGGUGUCGGGGCUGGACGACUUCACGCAGACCCACGAGUACCACGUCUGGCCGGGCUACGACUACGUGGGCUGGCGCAACGAGAGCACUGCCGGCGGCUACGUGGAGAUCACCUUUGAGUUCGACCGCAUCAGGAACUUCACCGCCAUGAAGGUCCACUGCAACAACAUGUUCGCCAAAGGGGUGAAGAUCUUCAAGGAGGUGCAAUGCUAUUUCCGCGCCGACACCAGCGAGUGGGAGCCCAGCACCGUCUCCUCGGUGCUGGUGCUGGACGACGUGAACCCCAGCGCCCGCUUCGUCACCGUGCCCUUGCUCCACCGCAUGGCCAGCGCCAUCAAGUGCCAGUACUACUUCGCCGAUGCCUGGAUGAUGUUCAGCGAGAUCACCUUCCAGUCAGAUGCAGCCAUGUACAACAACUCUAUGGCCCCCCCUGAGGCUCCCGUGGUCCCCACCACUUAUGACCCCACGCUCAAGGUAGACGACAGCAACACGCGCAUCCUGAUCGGUUGCCUGGUGGCGAUCAUCUUCAUUCUGCUGGCCAUCAUUGUCAUCAUACUGUGGCGGCAGUUCUGGCAGAAGAUGCUGGAGAAGGCAUCACGGAGGAUGCUGGAUGAUGAAAUGACCGUCAGCCUCUCCCUGCCCAGUGAAUCGAGCAUGUUCAACCACAACCGCUCCUCCUCCUCCAGCGAGCAGGAGUCCAGCUCCACCUACGACCGCAUCUUCCCCCUGGGACCCGACUACCAGGAGCCUUCCCGCCUGAUCCGCAAGCUGCCCGAGUUCCCCCCGGUGGAGGAGGACACCGGCUGCAGCGGCCCCACGAAGCCGACCCAGGCCAGUGUCCCCGAGGGCGUCCCCCACUACGCCGAGGCCGACAUCGUGAACCUGCAGGGUGUGACGGGUGGCAACACCUACUCAGUGCCAGCCCUCACCAUGGACCUGCUCUCCGGCAAGGAUGUGGCCGUCGAGGAGUUCCCCAGAAAGCUGCUGACCUUCAAGGAGAAGCUGGGGGAAGGCCAGUUUGGGGAGGUUCAUCUCUGUGAAGUGGAGGGGAUGGAGAAGGUCACAGGCAAGGACCUUGGCCCGGGGGGCUUUGCCAGCUCCAGCUGCCCCGUGCUGGUGGCUGUGAAGAUGUUGCGAGCGGAUGCCAACAAGAACGCCAGGAAUGAUUUUCUGAAGGAAAUCAAGAUCAUGUCGCGGCUGAAGGACCCCAACAUCAUCCGGCUGCUGGCAGUGUGCAUCGCGGAUGACCCGCUGUGCAUGAUCACCGAGUACAUGGAGAACGGAGACCUCAACCAGUUCCUGUUCCGCCAGCAGGCAGGCACCCCGCCGGCUGGCCACGCGCCCACCGUCAGCUACAGUGACCUGCGGUUCAUGGCCACCCAGAUCGCCUCCGGCAUGAAGUACCUCUCCUCCCUCAACUUCGUGCACCGGGACCUGGCCACGCGCAACUGCCUGGUGGGGAAGCGCUACACCAUCAAGAUAGCCGACUUUGGCAUGAGCAGGAAUCUCUACAGCGGGGACUACUACCGUAUCCAGGGGCGGGCGGUGCUCCCCAUCCGCUGGAUGUCCUGGGAGAGCAUCUUGCUGGGCAAGUUCACGACGGCCAGCGACGUGUGGGCGUUUGGCGUGACGCUGUGGGAGACCUUCACGCUCUGCCGGGAGCAGCCCUACUCCCAGCUGUCCGACGAGCAGGUCAUCGAAAACACCGGCGAGUUUUUCCGGGACCAGGGCCGGCAGACCUACCUUCCCCAGCCUGCACUUUGCCCUGACUCAGUCUAUAAGCUAAUGCUCAGCUGCUGGAGACGGGACACUAAAGAUCGUCCCUCCUUCCAGGACAUCCAUCGCCUUCUCCAGGAGUCAGCCAGCGAAGAAUGAUCCUUAUGCUCCCCUCCAGCCCGGUCCCUGUCCCUCCCCAUCCCCAGACGAGCCCCAUACGCAGACCGAAGCCACUUCACUCGGACUUAGAAAUGAAACCCAGGCAGCUGGUCUUGUUCUCAUUGUACAGUGAAGCCUCAGAGGAAAACCCCAAGGGCAGCAAGGAGAGCCACGGCGUGGGGUGACUUGGACUUCCCGCUCACGUGCUGACCCGAACCCGGGAGUGACGUGGGCUGAGAUGAGGGUUAUUUAUUGACACAAUGUGU